CUGACUCAAAUAUUAUGACGGUUGCGUAGAUGCACGCCUUUAAUAUGGUAAAUGUUUUGAAAUUGUCCGAACUGGUAUGAAUAAUUACUGGUGUCGAUAUGGCGUCAGCUAAAUAUGUUGAUCGAAGAAAAAACCUUAUGGUAGGAAAUCUACCCGAUGAUUUUUUACGUGUGAGCCAAAACGAUUCUGUGGAUCGACAGCCUAAUGCACGUGCUACUCGAACUCAAGCUGCUAAUCCAUACACUUUAAAUGCAUCUUCAUUUCAAAUUACACUUUGUAUUGUUCAGGCACAGCUUACAAAGAAUUACAGCUUAACAAAGAUGGAUCCAUAUGUGAGAGUUAGGAUUGGCCAUAGUGUGUAUGAGACUCAUGCUGAUGUUAGAGGGGGUAAAUUUCCAAAUUGGAAUAAAGUUAUUACAUCGUACCUUCCAAAGGGAAUUAAGACUAUUUACAUAGAAGUAUUUGAUGAGCAUACCAUAACAUCUGAUGAACGUAUAGCAUAUGGUGAGUACACAAUCUCAGAAGAAGCUAUGCAAGGAAAGUUUGAAGACACAUGGGUUCCUUUGAGUGGCCGCCAAGGGGAAGGAAAAGAAGGCAGCAUCAAUAUCACUGUUUACAUCACACCUGCUCAAUAUGCUCCUCCUGUAAUGCCUAUGGCAGCUCCAGUAAUGGUUGUACAACAGCCUGUGACCCAUCCAUAUUACAUUCCUGCCCAAUCUGUUGUUCCAUAUCCUGUUGGGUCUUUGCCCAUGCAAGCUCCCAUGGUUUACCCAGGUGUUCAACAACCAGCCCACAGACCUGCACCACCUUCUGAAGAAGACAUAAAACAACUUCAAGAUAUAUUCCCAUCCUAUGAUCGUGAAGUUAUUCUUGGAGUGUUGGAAAGCAGUGGUGGUAACAAAGAUCAAGCUAUUUCAUCUCUUCUUGAAUUAUCUGGAAAAUAAAAAUUCAGUUUUUCCUGAACAUUUUAACAUACAUGCCCAACUGAUAACUUCUUGUCAAUGAUAAAAAAUAUCUUCAUUUCAAAACUGUGCCAUUAUGUUUUUGUUAAAUAUUUUAUCAAUUUGUGAAUAGUGAAUUAAGUUUUGAAAAUAUUUUGUUCAUAUCUAUUAUAAAUACCAAAUGUAGGAUAUUAUUUGCAUAUUCUUGUAUGUGCAAAACUUAACCUUGUAAAAAAUAAAAUUAUUUAUAUUGAUUAAAAAA